AUGCCGCCACGUAUCAAGGAGUCCGAAAAUGGUGUUCCCACCUACUGGGGCAAGUCCGGCAGGGCCCUCCAGGUUCUCAUCACCAUCGUUGCUGUUACCGACUUCCUGCUCUUCGGUUAUGACCAGGGUGUCAUGAGUGGAAUCAUCUCCGCUCCCGCCUUCCAAGCCGCGUUCCCUGAAGUCAUAGAUGACUCUACCUACGAGGGUUUCGUCGUCUCCAUCUAUGCCGUCGGUUGUCUGCUUGGUGCCAUCUUCGUCUUCGUCUUUGGUGACAAGCUUGGACGCCGCAAGAGUAUCUUCCUGGGUGCCGGAGUUAUGAUCAUCGGUGUUAUCAUUCAGAUUGCCUGCGUUCCUCCCAACAGCGGUGCUACCGCCCAGUUUAUUGUCGGACGAUGCAUUACUGGUGUCGGAAACGGUAUCAACACUUCUACCAUUCCUACCUACCAGGCUGAGUGCUGCAAGGCCAAGAACCGCGGUAAAGUUAUUUGCAUCGAGGGUUCCAUGGUUGCCAUUGGUACGCUCAUCGCCUACUGGAUCGACUACGGCUGUCUCUACGGUCCCGAUGACUUCACCUGGAGAUUCCCCAUUGCUUUCCAGUGUGUUUUCGCCAUGAUCGUCAUCGUUAUGAUGAUCUCGCUACCCGAAUCUCCUCGAUGGCUUCUCAACCACCAUCACGAAGACGAAGCCGCUACUGUACUGGCUGGUCUCAACGGUGUUGCCCGCGACGACCAAGAGGUCAUUGUCCAGAUGCAAGUCAUUCGUGAUGCAGUCAGCGCAUCUGGUGGUGGCGGCAAGGUCCCUACUAAGGCUCUUCUUACCGGCGGCAAGUCCCAGCACUUCCGUCGUGCUAUCCUCGGUGCUUCCUCGCAAUUCAUGCAGCAAUUGUCUGGUUGCAACGCUGUCAUCUACUACUUCCCCAUUCUGUGCCAGAGCGCCUUGAACACCGACCACAACCUCGCCCUUCUUCUCGGAGGUGUCAACAUGGUUGUUUACGCUAUGUUCGCCGCUACCUCUUUCUACUUCGUUGAGCGUGUCGGCCGCAGAAAGCUGUACCUCAUCGGUACCGUCGGUCAGAUGACUGCCAUGAUCAUCACCUUUGCCUGCCUGCUCCCCGGUGGCGUUGAGAACGAGGACAACGAGGGACCUGCCAAGGGUGCCGCCGUCGGUCUGUUCUUGUACAUCGCGUUCUUUGGUGUUACAUGGCUGCCGCUUCCGUGGUUGUACCCUGCCGAGAUCAACCCCCUCAAGACCCGCCAGAAGGCCAACGCUUUCUCGUCAGAACAAUCAACAACUGCACGGCUCUGGAACUUCUUCAUUGUCAUGAUUACCCCCGUUUUGAUCACCAACAUCGGUUGGGGAACCUACCUCCUCUUCGCUGCUCUGAACGCCUCCUUCAUCCCCGUCAUCUACUUCUUCUACCCUGAGACUGCUGGUCGUUCCCUCGAGGAGAUUGACCUCAUUUUCGCCAAGGGUUACACCGAGAAGAUGAGCUACGUGCAAGCCGCCAAGCAGCUUCCCAAGAUGGACGAGGCUCAGAUCGCCGAAGCCGUUCGCCAGUACGACCUCUCCGACAGCGACGUCGAGAACCGCUCCGCUGCUGGAUCGCUCAAGGAGAAGCGUCAGCAAGACGAGGAGCUGAUGCCUCAGGCCGGAGGUCAGAUGUAA